AUGAGCAACGGCGCGACGAGUACGGACGCGAAGAGCGGCGAUGGCGGGGCGGUUCGCGACGGCGGUCGCGAUCGCGCGAUGAGCCGCGGCGGGAUGAGCUGCGACGGCGAGGCGAGCGUUGGCGGCACCAUGACGUGCGGCAUGACGAGCGGCGCGGCGACAACGGCUCUUGGUGCAGUGGACGCGAGCAGCGACGGCACGCUGAGCCACAAUGGCCCGCUGAGCGAUGGCGCGAUGAGCCAUUGCGAGGCGAGCGACGGCCGCAUCAUGACGGGCGGCACAGUGAGCGGCGCGGCUGCAACGACCGACCAAGCAUAG